AUGAAAGCCAGGUAUUUGACGUUCUUUUCAUAUAUAGGAACUCCUUUUAGGUCUUCAGAAAAAAUUUGGCUCAAAGAAGGACGUAAUCAUGCUGACACAGAAAGUGUACAAGGAAUGAUAGAACUUGGUCUGUUAAAACUACGAUCACUGAAUUAUCCUAACGUAUUUUUAUCAAGCCGUACAGAUGGUGGAGUGCAUGCAUUAUGUUCAACAGCUCAUUUUGAUUUGGAGAGAUACGGUUCUAAGAUCUAUGAACCCCAGUAUGUUUGUUAUAAAUUGAAUAGGUUCUUCAAUAAGACUGACACAAGCAUUUAUAUUAAAAAAUGCCUUCAAGUUCCUGACAAUUUUAAUGCCAGGCGAAAGGCUCUCUCUAGAACUUAUCUGUACAGAUUUGCUGUUGUAAAAAAAGGUAUAGAUUUACCAGAGGCUACAGAAAUCGAGUCACGCAUACCUGUUGAAGAGUGGAGAAGAUGUUACUUCCAAAGAUUGCAGAACUUUAAUGUGGAAAUAUUCAAAGAAGGCGCGAAGUACUUUGUCGGGUACCAUGACUUCACGACAUUCAAGAAGUUUGAUAAACUAAAAGAUCACAAGCAUAACCGGCGCCUACUGUACUCAAUCACAGUGCGCCCGGGGGCCCCUAUUGUGACGUCAUACACACGGGAGCGAGACAACAGUAUCUUCGAUUAUUGGGAAGUAGAGAUCAAAGGGAGAGCUUUUGUUCAUAACCAGAUCCGCCGCAUUUUAGGAACAUUGAUGGCCGUCAGUAUUGGCAAGCUGCCACUGGAGGAGAUCAAGUUGAUGCUACAAGUGCCCUCCAAGCACUCCUGGUACAGCAACAUCCAAAGCUUCCCCCCCGACGGCCUCUACCUAUGCGACAUCGAAUACGACCCCGCCGAUCUUAUUUACCAACCCAACCAAGACGAACAGAAAGACUUAGAAAGUGACGGUGAUAGUGAAUCGACAUGA